AUGAUGACAGAUUUUCGCAGUUGUCAACAAGCGUAUUGUGAUAGUUCAGUAGUAACAUCAUCCAUACCUACUGUUGUUGCACCAUACGGCUCGUAUUACCAUCCGAAUAAUACGCCGCUUCAAUUAGAUGAUCAAUAUGUUCAAUUUCCAGCAACGUAUUCAUCACAAUUCUAUCCUCCACUGCCUUAUGAAUACGAUUCUUCUUCAUUUUUACCACAUUACUCAUCUCUUCAACCAGUCAAUUCAUCUUAUCCAACAACGAACGCUGAAUUCAAUCCGGAAAAGUCUCUCAAUCAUAUGUAUACAUCACUACCAUUACAAAACACUCUUGCAUCGACAUCACCCAAUGAAUCUCCAUCACCAUCGACUCACUCAGGUGACGAACAAACAAACUCGACAUUAACAACAAUGACGACGAAAACUGAUUCGAACACACGGUCCUACACUGACACAGGCUCGUGCGAUGGGACGCAUCGUUGUCUGUUAUGGGCGUGCAAGACAUGUAAACGUAAAACGGUGACUGUUGAUCGACGAAAAGCAGCAACAAUACGCGAACGACGGCGUUUGCGAAAAGUCAAUGAAGCAUUUGAUAUAUUAAAACGACGAACAUGCUCAAAUCCCACCCAACGAUUACCCAAAGUGGAAAUCUUACGUAAUGCAAUUGAUUACAUAGAAAACCUAGAAGAUCUGCUCCGAUCAUCAGGUAUAAGUUUCAAGGCAUUUCGGCAUGAAUUAGAUGAACAAAAGGCAAAUGCAACUGAAUCAUCAACGGCACGAUCAUCAACCGUGAAUUACAAUGAAAAAUACACAACAACAACCGAUUUCAACAGUAAUUCAACAACGCCGACAACCUAUGGAACAAUAGAAAGUAUCAACAAUUAUACUGAGAUGGUAUUAGCGCAACGUUCAUCGUCCAUAUCGGCAGUGUCAAGUCUGGAUUGUUUAUCGAUGAUCGUCGAAAGUAUCGAUCCGAAUAAAUUAGUUAAUUCAUCAAAUAACACCCUAUUGAAUCAAUGUUGUUGA